AUGCAUUUCUUACCGCGGUUGCUAUUGAGUAAUAGGAGAUAUGUCUUCUCUCUAGGUGCACUCGCUAGGUCUCAAGUGAAGCCGUCUUUCGACAGGGUUGCCCAUACAAGGCAAUGGAGAGUUGAUUGGUAUCUCUCCACGGCUGGUGGAGGUUGGGGAGAUUUACACUUGGCGGCUGCCACCGGGAACCUGGACUUGGUAAAAUCCCUACUGGAGCAAGGGUACGACGUCAAUGAACGCAUUAUGGACCGAAGUACGCCACUCCAUCUGGCCGCCGCCAAUGGCUGGGUACUUGUCAUAGAGCAUCUCGUAGAGAACGGUGCCUCCCUGAACGCUGUCGAUAUUCAUGGUGCAACUCCUUUGCAUUAUGUGGCGACCUCUUGCGAUGCCUUACCGUUGAUGGAUAUGCUCAUUGCUCACGGUGCUAAUGUCAAUGCCCAGUCUGAUAGUGGGGAAACAGCGCUGUUCUCUGCUGUCAGAGGAGGCCAUUUGUACAAGGCUGAAUUCCUCCUUGAUAACGGGGCUGCAGUCGACAAGGAAGUUUGGGGGAGGACGGCACUCCACGAAGCAGUUCGAGUGGGCGCAGUAGACCUCAUGAGACUAUUGCUGAAGCAUGGCGCCAAUCCCAAUUUGAUAGCGAAAAAUGGUCAAACCGCCCUCCAUUUUGCUGCAGUGAACGGGCAUCCGGGCGCAGUAGAGCUUCUGGUAGAAGAGGGCGUUGAUCUUAACGCCGAGGACACCUUGGGCUGGUCAGCUCUACACUGGGCCGCAUACAAGGGCCACAGUAACAUCGUGGAUUUGCUGCUGGAACAUGGAGCUAACACAACUAAGCUCACAACGAGGGAGGGCGCCAGUCCUCUAAUAUGUGCGGUCGCUCGGCAGGACUGUGAUUCUACUGCUCGACUUGACAUUAUCCGUGCACUACUGAAACAUGGAGCGCAACCGAACGGACAGGACGGGGAUGGUGAGACUCCCCUUCAUUUUGCCGUGAGCUUCCUUGAAUACGACGUUGCACAAGUGUUGUUGGAGAAUGGCGCUGAUCCAACCAUCAGGACUCAUUACUCGAUCACUGUUGGCGAUAACAAUUUUGCAGCUGGGAGCACGCCUCUGCACUAUGCUCAUCAGCUCGGCGCUGAGAAUCUCAUCAGGCUGAUUGCUUCGUAUGCUGGAAGUUCCGAUAACAGUGAUUGGCAGUUCUCUUAUAGAACAAACCUAUGUGAUGUUAAUAUGAUGCGAGAUAGUAACGGUCAUACGCCUGUGCAAUUACACCCACGAUGGCCUUGCUAUAUGAUUUAA